UUAUGCUGCUGGAGGAGAAAAUGAAAACCUUGAUGGAUAAAGAACUGAAGAAGUUCAAGAAGGUUCUGAGUUCAAAAAACCAAUGCUUGGAGAGUCAGCGGGAGGAUGAGGAAGUGUUGUUACUGAAGACCACACAGUGCAUCCUGAAGAAAAUGAAGCAGGACGAGCUGGCUGAGCGUCUGCAGAGCAAACAUCUUGCUGCAGACUGUCAGCCUAAACUUAAAUCUAACCUGAAGAAGAAGUUCCAGUGUGUGUUUGAGGGGAUUGCUGAAGCAGGAAACCAGACUCCUCUGAACCAGAUCUACACAGAGCUCUACAUCACAGAGGGAGGGACUGCAGAGGUCAGUGAUGAACAUGAGGUCAGACAGAUUGAAACAGCAUCCAGGAAACCAGACAGACCAGAAACAACCAUCAGACAAGAAGAUGAACCAAUCAGAACAGUGAUGACAAAGGGAGUGGCUGGCAUUGGGAAAACAGUCUUAACACAGAAGUUCACUCUGGACUGGGCUGAAGACAAAGCCAACCAGGACAUACAGUUCACAUUUCCAUUCACUUUCAGAGAGCUGAAUGUGCUGAAAGAGAAAAAGUACAGCUUGGUGGAACUUGUUCAUCACUUCUUUCCUGAAACCAAAGAAGCAGGAAUCUGCAGCUUUGAAGAGUUCCAGGUUUUGUUCAUCUUUGACGGUCUGGAUGAGUGUCGACUUCCUCUGGACUUCCACAACAAUGAGGUCCUGACUGAUGUUACAGAGUCCACCUCAGUGGAUGUGCUGCUGACAAACCUCAUCAGGGGGAACCUGCUUCCCUCUGCUUGCCUCUGGAUAACCACACGACCUGCAGCAGCCAAUCAGAUCCCUCCUGAGUGUGUUGACAUGGUGACAGAGGUCAGAGGGUUCACUGACCCACAAAAGGAGGAGUACUUCAGGAAGAGGUUCAGAGAUGAGGAGCAGGCCAGCAGCAUCAUUUCCCACAUCAAGACAUCACGAAGCCUCCACAUCAUGUGCCACAUCCCAGUCUUCUGCUGGAUCACUGCUACAGUUCUGGAGGAUGAGUUGAAGACCAGAGAAGGAGGAGAGCUGCCCAAGACCCUGACUGAGAUGUACAUCCACUUCCUGGUGGUUCAGUCCAAACUGAAUAACGAGGAGGAGGAGGAGGAGGAGGAGGAGGAGGAGGAAAUGAUUGAGUCUCUGGGAAAACUGGCUUUUGAGCAGCUGCAGAAAGGCAACCUGAUCUUCUAUGAAUCAGACCUGACAGAGUGUGGCAUCGAUAUCAGAGCAGCCUCAGUGUACUCAGGAGUGUUCACACAGAUCUUUAAAGAGGAGAGAGGGCUGUACCAGGACAAGGUGUUCUGCUUCGUCCAUCUGAGCGUUCAGGAGUUUCUGGCUGCUCUUCAUGUCCAUCUGACCUUCAUCAACUCUGGUGUCAACCUGCUGGCAGAAGAACAAUCAACCUGCCAGAAGCCUGAAACAAGUGAAGAUGAAUCUGCAUUGACACAGUUCUACCAGAGUGCUGUGGACAAGGCCUUAAAGAGUCCAAAUGGACACCUGGACUUGUUCCUGCGCUUCCUCCUGGGACUUUCACUGCAGACCAAUCAGACUCUCCUACGAGGCCUGCUGACACAGAUAGGAAUUGGCUCAGAAACCAAUCAGGUAGCGGUUGAAUACAUCCAGAAGAAGAUCGAAGAGACUCACUCUGCAGAGAAGAGCAUCAAUCUUUUCCACUGUCUGAAUGAACUGAAUGAUCGUUCUCUAGUGGAUCAGAUCCAACAGUCCCUGAGUUCAGGAAGUCUCUCCACAGAUGAACUCUCUCCUGCUCAGUGGUCAGCUCUGGGCUUCAUCUUACUGUCAUCAGAAACAGAUCUGGAUGUGUUUGACCUGAAGAAAUACUCUGCUUCAGAGGAGGCUCUUCUGAGGCUGCUGCCAGUGGUCAAAGCCUCCAGGAAAGCUCUACUGAGUGGCUGUAACCUCUCAGAAAGAAGCUGUGAAGCUCUGUCCUCAGUUCUCAGCUCCCAGUCCUCUAGUCUGAGAGAGCUGGACCUGAGUAACAACAACCUGUAUGAUUCAGGAGUGAAGCUGCUUUCUGCUGGACUGGAGAGUCCACACUGUGAACUGGAAACUCUUGGGCUAUCAGGCUGUCUGAUCACAGAGGAAGGCUGUGCUUCUUUGGCCUCAGCUCUGAGCUCCAACCCAACCCAUCUGAGAGAGCUGGACCUGAGCUACAAUCAUCCAGGAGACUCAGGAGUGAAGCUGCUGUCUGCUGGACUGGAGGAUCCACACUGGAGCCUGGACACUCUCAGACUAAGUGGCUGUAACCUCUCAGAGCAAAGCUGUGAAGCUCUGUCCUCAGUUCUCAGCUCCCAGUCCUCUGGUCUGAGAGAGCUGGACCUGAGUAACAACAACCUGCAGGAUUCAGGAGUAAAGCUGCUGUCUGCUGGACUGCAGAGUCCCCACUGUACACUGGAAAUCCUGAGGCUGUCAGGCUGUCUGAUCACAGACAAAGGCUGUGCUUCUCUGGCUUCAGCUCUGAGCUCCAAUCCCUCCCAUCUGAGAGAGCUGGACCUGAGCUACAAUCAUCCAGGAGACUCAGGAGUGAAGCUGCUGUCUGCUGGACUGGAGGAUCCACACUGGAGCCUGGUCACUCUCAGACUGAGCUUCUGUAACCUCUCAGAGCAAAGCUGUGAAACUCUGUCCUCAGUUCUCAGCUCCCAGUCCUCUGGUCUGAGAGAGCUGGACCUGAGUAACAACAACCUGCAGGAUUCAGGAGUAAAGCUGCUGUCUGCUGGACUGCAGAGUCCCCACUGUACACUGGAAAUCCUGAGGCUGUCAGGCUGUCUGAUCACAGAGGAAGGCUGUGCUUCUCUGGCUUCCGCUCUGAGCUACAACCCCUCCCAUCUGAGAGAGCUGGACCUGAGCUACAAUCAUCCAGGAGACUCAGGAGUGAAGCUGCUGUCUGCUGGACUGGAGGAUCCACACUGGAGCCUGCACACUCUCAGGCUGUCAGGCUGUCUGAUAACAGAGGAAGGCUGUACUUCUCUGGCCUCAGCUCUGAACUCCAACCCCUCCCAUCUGAGAGAGCUGGACCUGAGCUACAAUCAUCCAGGAGACUCAGGAGUGAAGCUGCUGUCUGCUGGACUGGAGGAUCCACACCGGAGACUGGACACUCUCAGACUGAGUGACUGUAACCUCUCAGAGAGAAGCUGUGAAGCUCUGUCCUCAGUUCUCAGCUCCCAGUCCUCUAGUCUGAGAGAGCUGGACCUGAGUAACAACAAUCUGCAGGAUUCAGGACUGAAACUGCUGUCUGCUGGACUGGACAGUCCACACUGUGCACUGGAAACCCUGAGUCUUUCGGGCUGUCUGAUCACAGAGGAAGGCUGUGCUUCUAUGACGUCAGCUUUGAGCUCCAACCCCUCCCAUCUGAGAGAGCUGGACCUGAGCUACAAUCAUCCAGGAGACUCAGGAGUGAAGCUGCUGUCUGCUGGACUGGAGGAUCCACACUGGAGACUGGACACACUCAGGGUGGAGCCUGCUGGAGUCCGAUGGUUGAGACCAGGUCUGAGGAAGUAUUCCUGUGAACUCACAAUUGACACAAACACAGUAAACAGAUACAUCAAAGUGUCUGACAACAACAGGAAGGCGACACUUGUGAAGGAGGUUCAGUCAUAUCCUGAUCAUCCAGACAGGUUUGAUAUCUGGCCUCAGCUGCUGUGUAGAGAUGGUCUGACUGGUCGCUGUUACUGGGAGGUCGAGUGGAGACGAGGAGUUUCUAUAUCAGUGAGUUACAGAGGAAUCAGAAGGAGAGGAGACAGUGAAGACUGUGAGUUUGGAUGGAAUGAUCAGUCCUGGAGUCUGAACUGCUCUGUUGGUCGUUACUCUGUCUGGUACAAUAACAGAGAAACAUCCAUCAUCUCCUCCUCCUCCUCCUCCUCCUCCUCCUCCUCCUCCUCCUCCUCUGGUAGAGUAGCAGUGUAUGUGGACUGUCCUGCUGGCUCUCUGUCCUUCUACAGAGUCUCCUCUGACACACUGAUCCACCUCCACACCGUCAACACCACAUUCACUGAACCUCUUUAUCCUGGAUUUGCGCUCUGGUCAAGUUCUGGUUCCUCAGUGUCUCUGAGUUCUGUGCAGGAGGGAGAGUCUCCUCCUGGUAGAGAACAGAUCAGUUGAGUCUGUACAGGAUCACAGAAAUCUUUCAGCUUCUUGUAAUAAAUCCAUCAAUGAACUUUGUACAAAGUGAUUCCAAGUGAUUGAACAGAUUCCUCAUUUCCAUGUAAACUUCUUCCACUUCCAGUCCUUUAAAGAUGGAAGCUCUGAUCAUUAAAUGGUGGAAAUGCCGUUGACUUGGACCUUCUGUCAUGUGUUGCUUUGAAUUCUGGCUCUUGUUCCAAUAAAAGCAGAAUGUUACUG